AUGGGUACAAAGCAUCUAGUACUACUUUUAUUACUAGUGGGGCCCUUUGGCCUGAUAGCUAUAGAACCCAUCAGUGCAGAACCGGAGUCUGACCAAGGUUCUGUGGCCAAAGCAAAUGCUCGUGCCGAUGAUGAAAACGAUUCCGGACCGAGUGAAGCAGAUGCAACGGCAAAUGCCGAUAAUAGUGGCAGUGGCUUAAGUCAAGCCGACUCGAAUGCAGAUGGUAGUUUCGUCUAUCUGAUAGAAACAUUAAGACGUUUUAAGGUACAAGUUGUAUUAUGUUCGUUCCCAAAUAGUGGUAAUAUUUUGAAUCUUCUGUUUGUAGCUGAUAAUAAAGGCAAAGGAAACACCGAAGCGGAUAGUAAUGCUAAAGCUAAAAACGAAGGCUCAGGCUCCAGCAUAGCAAACUCAGACGUCGAAGCUACAAACAGCGGAAAAGGUUCUAGUAAAGCUGUUGGAAGCUCCGAAGCGGAUAAUAAUGGAAGCGGAACGAGCGAAGCUGAUAAUACCGUUGAUGCCAAGAACAGUGGCGUUGGUUCUAGUGAAGCUAGCGGAGCUGUCGAAGCUAACAACAGAGGAGCAGGAUCAAGCGAAGCUGUCGGUAACGCUGAAGCUAACAACAGAGGUAGAGGGACGAGUGAAGCGGACACCGACUCUGAAGCAAGAUCAAACAAUAAACAAAGGACUUGUGGCAUAAAGAAAUCUUCGAAUCCAUCAAACUCUCCUGGAAAAUCGGAAAACUCGGAAUCUUCACCGGGCAUGUCAAAAGAUAAAGAAGGAUUACCUGGCAGCUCCAAACCAUCUAGUGAAUCAUCUGGAAAUUCAAGUUCACAAUCUCCUGGUUCCAAACCAUCUAGUGAGCAAGCUGGAAAUUCUAGUACAGCGUCUCCAGGAGGAUCCAACGCAUCCAGUGAACAACCUGGCAAGUCUCCUGCUGGUUCAAACCCAUCCAGCGAGCAACCUGGCAAGUCACCCAGCGGCUCCAACACAUCAGGACAACCAGGACAAUCUCCGGGAGGAUCCAAUCCAUCAGGGGAACAACCUGGCAAGACUCCCAGUGGCUCAAACCCGUCAGAACAACCAGGACAAUCUCCGGGAGGAUCAAAUCCAUCAGGAGAACAACCUAGCAAGUCACCUAGUGGAUCCAACCCAUCCAGCGAACAACCUGGCAAGUCACCAAGCGGCUCCAACCCAUCAGGACAACCAGGACAAUCUCCGGGAGGAUCCAAUCCAUCAGGGGAACAACCUGGCAAGAAUCCCAGUGGCUCAAACCCGUCAGAACAACCAGGACAAUCUCCGGGAGGAUCAAAUCCAUCAGGAGAACAACCUAGCAAGUCACCUAGUGGAUCCAACCCAUCAAGCGAACAACCUGGCAAGUCACCCAGUGGCUCAAACCCGUCAGAACAACCAGGAAAAUCUCCGGGAGGAUCAAAUCCAUCAGGAGAACAACCUGGCAAGUCUCCCAGUGGCUCAAACCCGUCAGAACAACCAGGACAAUCUCCGGGAGGAUCCAAUCCAUCAGGAGAACAACCUGGCAAGUCUCCCAGUGGCUCAAACCCGUCAGAACAACCAGGAAAAUCUCCGGGAGGAUCAAAUCCAUCAGGAGAACAACCUGGCAAGUCUCCCAGUGGCUCAAACCCGUCAGAACAACCAGGACAAUCUCCGGGAGGAUCCAAUCCAUCAGGAGAACAACCUGGCAAGUCUCCCAGUGGCUCAAACCCGUCAGAACAACCAGGACAAUCUCCGGGAGGAUCCAAUCCAUCAGGAGAACAACCUGGCAAGUCUCCCAGUGGCUCAAACCCGUCAGAACAACCAGGAAAAUCUCCGGGAGGAUCAAAUCCAUCAGGAGAACAACCUAGCAAGUCACCUAGUGGAUCCAACCCAUCCAGCGAACAACCUGGCAAGUCACCCAGCGGCUCCAACCCAUCAGGACAACCAGGACAAUCUCCGGGAGGAUCCAAUCCAUCAGGGGAACAACCUGGCAAGAAUCCCAGUGGCUCAAACCCGUCAGAACAACCAGGACAAUCUCCGGGAGGAUCAAAUCCAUCAGGAGAACAACCUAGCAAGUCACCUAGUGGAUCCAACCCAUCCAGCGAACAACCUGGUAAGUCACCCAGCGGCUCCAACAUAUCAGGACAACCAGGACAAUCUCCGGGAGGAUCCAAUCCAUCAGGGGAACAACCUGGCAAGAAUCCCAGUGGCUCAAACCCGUCAGAACAACCAGGAAAAUCUCCGGGAGGAUCCAACCCAUCCAGCGAACAACCUGGCAAGUCACCCAGUGGCUCCAACCCAUCAGGACAACCAGGACAAUCUCCGGGAGGAUCCAAUCCAUCAGGGGAACAACCUGGCAAGACUCCCAGUGGCUCAAACCCGUCAGAACAACCAGGACAAUCUCCGGGAGGAUCAAAUCCAUCAGGAGAACAACCUAGCAAGUCACCUAGUGGAUCCAACCCAUCCAGCGAACAACCUGGCAAGUCACCCAGCGGCUCCAACCCAUCAGGACAACCAGGACAAUCUCCGGGAGGAUCCAAUCCAUCAGGGGAACAACCUGGCAAGAAUCCCAGUGGCUCAAACCCGUCAGAACAACCAGGACAAUCUCCGGGAGGAUCAAAUCCAUCAGGAGAACAACCUAGCAAGUCACCUAGUGGAUCCAACCCAUCCAGCGAACAACCUGGCAAGUCACCCAGUGGCUCAAACCCGUCAGAACAACCAGGAAAAUCUCCGGGAGGAUCAAAUCCAUCAGGAGAACAACCUGGCAAGUCUCCCAGUGGCUCAAACCCGUCAGAACAACCAGGACAAUCUCCGGGAGGAUCCAAUCCAUCAGGAGAACAACCUGGCAAGUCUCCCAGUGGCUCAAACCCGUCAGAACAACCAGGAAAAUCUCCGGGAGGAUCAAAUCCAUCAGGAGAACAACCUGGCAAGUCUCCCAGUGGCUCAAACCCGUCAGAACAACCAGGACAAUCUCCGGGAGGAUCCAAUCCAUCAGGAGAACAACCUGGCAAGUCUCCCAGUGGCUCAAACCCGUCAGAACAACCAGGACAAUCUCCGGGAGGAUCCAAUCCAUCAGGAGAACAACCUGGCAAGUCUCCCAGUGGCUCAAACCCGUCAGAACAACCAGGAAAAUCUCCGGGAGGAUCAAAUCCAUCAGGAGAACAACCUAGCAAGUCACCUAGUGGAUCCAACCCAUCCAGCGAACAACCUGGCAAGUCACCCAGCGGCUCCAACACAUCAGGACAACCAGGACAAUCUCCGGGAGGAUCCAAUCCAUCAGGGGAACAACCUGGCAAGAAUCCCAGUGGCUCAAACCCGUCAGAACAACCAGGACAAUCUCCGGGAGGAUCAAAUCCAUCAGGAGAACAACCUAGCAAGUCACCUAGUGGAUCCAACCCAUCCAGCGAACAACCUGGCAAGUCACCCAGUGGCUCAAACCCGUCAGAACAACCAGGAAAAUCUCCGGGAGGAUCAAAUCCAUCAGGAGAACAACCUGGCAAGUCUCCCAGUGGCUCAAACCCGUCAGAACAACCAGGACAAUCUCCGGGAGGAUCCAAUCCAUCAGGAGAACAAACUGGCAAGUCACCCAGCGGCUCCAACCCAUCAGGACAACCAGGACAAUCUCCGGGAGGAUCCAAUCCAUCAGGGGAACAACCUGGCAAGAAUCCCAGUGGCUCAAACCCGUCAGAACAACCAGGACAAUCUCCGGGAGGAUCAAAUCCAUCAGGAGAACAACCUAGCAAGUCACCUAGUGGAUCCAACCCAUCCAGCGAACAACCUGGCAAGUCACCCAGCGGCUCCAACACAUCAGGACAACCAGGACAAUCUCCGGGAGGAUCCAAUCCAUCAGGGGAACAACCUGGCAAGAAUCCCAGUGGCUCAAACCCGUCAGAACAACCAGGACAAUCUCCGGGAGGAUCAAAUCCAUCAGGAGAACAACCUAGCAAGUCACCUAGUGGAUCAAACCCAUCCAGUGAACAACCUGGCAAGUCUCCUAGUGGAUCAAACCCAUCCAGCGAACAACCUGGCAAGUCUCCCAGUGGCUCAAACCCAUCAGAACAACCAGGACAAUCUCCGGGAGGAUCAAAUCCAUCAGGAGAACAACCUAGCAAGUCACCUAGUGGAUCCAACCCAUCCAGCGAACAACCUGGCAAGUCACCCAGCGGCUCCAACCCAUCAGGACAACCAGGACAAUCUCCGGGAGGAUCCAAUCCAUCAGGGGAACAACCUGGCAAGACUCCCAGUGGCUCAAACCCGUCAGAACAACCAGGAAAAUCUCCGGGAGGAUCAAAUCCAUCAGGAGAACAACCUGGCAAGUCACCUAGUGGAUCCAACCCAUCCAGCGAACAACCUGGCAAGUCACCCAGCGGCUCCAACCCAUCAGGACAGCCAGGCCAAUCUCCGGGAGGAUCAAAUCCAUCAGGAGAACAACCUAGCAAGUCACCUAGUGGAUCCAACCCAUCCAGUGAACAACCUGGCAGGUCUCCUAGUGGAUCAAACCCAUCCAUCGAACAACCUGGCAAGUCACCCAACGGCUCCAACCCAUCAGGACAACCAGGACAAUCUCCGGGAGGAUCCAAUCCAUCAGGGGAACAACCUGGCAAGAAUCCCAGUGGCUCAAACCCGUCAGAACAACCAGGACAAUCUCCGGGAGGAUCAAAUCCAUCAGGAGAACAACCUAGCAAGUCACCUAGUGGAUCCAACCCAUCCAGCGAACAACCUGGCAAGUCACCCAGCGGCUCCAACCCAUCAGGACAACCAGGCCAAUCUCCGGGAGGACCAAAGCCAUCAGGAGAACAACCUAGCAAGUCACCUAGUGGAUCCAACCCAUCCAGCGAACAACCUGGAAAGUCUCCUAGUGGAUCGAACCCAUCCAGUGAACAACCUGGCAAGUCUCCUAGUGGGACAAACCCAUCAGGUCAACCAGGUCAGUCGUCCAGUGGCCCUAACCAAUCAGAAGAACCAGAUGAAAAUAGUGGUACCGGAUCUAGUGAAGCUUAUGGAAAUUCUGAAGCGAAUAACGAAUGCGAGGGAUCAAGCAACGCUGACAGCAAUGCUCUAUCUAAAAACACUGGCUCGGGAUCAAGUGCAGCUAAAACAAAUGCACGAGCACGAUCAAACAACAAACAAAGAACUUGUGGUAUGAAGAAAACUUCAAACCCUUCAAACUCUCCUGGAAAAUCGGAAAACUCGGAAUCGUCACCGGGCAUGUCAAAGGAUAAAGAAGGACUACCUGGCAGUUCCAAACCAUCUAGUGAAAAUUCUGGCAAUUCAAGUUCACAAUCUCCUAGCUCUGAACCAUCCAGCAACAAACCUGGCAAGUCUCCCAGUGGCUCAAACCCGUCAGAACAACCAGGACAAUCUCCGGGAGGAUCCAAUCCACCAGGAGAACAACCUGGCAAGUCUCCCAGUGGCUCAAACCCGUCAGAACAACCAGGACAAUCUCCGGGAGGAUCAAAACCAUCAGGAGAACAACCUAGCAAGUCACCUAGUGGAUCCAACCCAUCCAGCGAACAACCUGGCAAGUCACCCAGCGGGUCCAACCCAUCAGGACAACCAGGCCAAUCUCCGGGAGGAUCCAAUCCAUCAGGAGAACAACCUGGCAAGUCUCCCAGUGGAUCCAACCCAUCCAGCGAACAACCUGGCAAGUCACCCAGCGGCUCCAACCCAUCAGGACAACCAGGCAAAUCUCCGGGAGGAUCCAACCCAUCCAGAGAACAACCUGGCAAGUCACCUAGUGGAUCCAACCCAUCCAGCGAACAACCUGGCAAGUCACCCAGCGGCUCAAACCCGUCAGAACAACCAGGACAAUCUCCGGGAGGAUCCAAUCCAUCAGGAGAACAACCUGGCAAGUCUCCCAGUGGCUCAAACCCGUCAGAACAACCAGGACCAUCUCCGGGAGGAUCCAAUCCAUCAGGAGAACAACCUGGCAAGUCUCCCAGUGGCUCAAACCCGUCAGAACAACCAGGAAAAUCUCCGGGAGGAUCAAAUCCAUCAGGAGAACAACCUAGCAAGUCACCUAGUGGAUCCAACCCAUCCAGCGAACAACCUGGCAAGUCACCCAGCGGCUCCAACCCAUCAGGACAACCAGGACAAUCUCCGGGAGGAUCCAAUCCAUCAAGGGAACAACCUGGCAAGAAUCCCAGUGGCUCAAACCCGUCAGAACAACCAGGACAAUCUCCGGGAGGAUCAAAUCCAUCAGGAGAACAACCUAGCAAGUCACCUAGUGGAUCCAACCCAUCCAGCGAACAACCUGGCAAGUCACCCAGCGGCUCCAACCCAUCAGGACAACCAGGCAAAUCUCCGGGAGGAUCCAACCCAUCGAGCGAACAACCUGGCAAGUCUCCCAGUGGCUCAAACCCGUCAGAACAACCAGGAAAAUCUCCGGGAGGAUCAAAUCCAUCAGGAGAACAACCUAGCAAGUCACCUAGUGGAUCCAACCCAUCCAGCGAACAACCUGGCAAGUCACCCAGCGCCUCCAACCCAUCAGGACAACCAGGACAAUCUCCGGGAGGAUCCAAUCCAUCAGGGGAACAACCUGGCAAGAAUCCCAGUGGCUCAAACCCGUCAGAACAACCAGGACAAUCUCCGGGAGGAUCAAAUCCAUCAGGAGAACAACCUAGCAAGUCACCUAGUGGAUCCAACCCAUCCAGCGAACAACCUGGCAAGUCACCCAGCGGCUCCAACACAUCAGGACAACCAGGACAAUCUCCGGGAGGAUCCAAUCCGUCAGGGGAACAACCUGGCAAGAAUCCCAGUGGCUCAAACCCGUCAGAACAACCAGGACAAUCUCCGGGAGGAUCAAAUCCAUCAGGAGAACAACCUAGCAAGUCACCUAGUGGAUCAAACCCAUCCAGUGAACAACCUGGCAAGUCACCUAGUGGUUCCAACCCAUCCAGCGAACAACCUGGCAAGUCACCCAGCGGCUCCAACCCAUCAGGACAACCAAGCAAAUCUCCGGGAGGAUCCAAUCCAUCAGGGGAACAACCUGGCAAGAAUCCCAGUGGCUCAAACCCGUCAGAACAACCAGGACAAUAUCCGGGAGGAUCAAAUCCAUCAGGAGAACAACCUAGCAAGUCACCUAGUGGAUCAAACCCAUCCAGUGAACAACCUGGCAAGUCACCUAGUGGUUCCAACCCAUCCAGCGAACAACCUGGCAAGUCACCCAGCGGCUCCAACCCAUCAGGACAACCAGGCAAAUCUCCGGGAGGAUCCAACCCAUCCAGCGAACAACCUGGCAAGUCUCCCAGUGGCUCAAACCCGUCAGAACAACCAGGACAAUCUCCGGGAGAAUCCAAUCCAUCAGGGGAACAACCUGGCAAGUCACCUAGUGGAUCCAACCCAUCCAGUGAACAACCUGGCAAGUCACCCAGCGGCUCCAACCCAUCAGGACAACCAGGCCAAUCUCCGGGAGGAUCCAACCCAUCCAGCGCACAACCUGGCAAGUCACCCAGCGGCUCCAACCCAUCAGGACAACCAGGCCAAUCUCCGGGAGGAUCCAACCCAUCAGGAGAACAACCUGGCAAGUCACCCAGCGGCUCCAACCCAUCAGGACAACCAGGACAAUCUCCGGGAGGAUCCAAUCCAUCAGGGGAACAACCUGGCAAGACUCCCAGUGGCUCAAACCCGUCAGAACAACCAGGCCAAUCUCCGGGAGGAUCAAAUCCAUCAGGAGAACAAUCUAGCAAGUCACCUAGUGGAUCCAACCCAUCCAGUGAACAACCUGGCAAGUCUCCUAGUGGAUCAAACCCAUCCAGCGAACAACCUGGCAAGUCUACCAGCGGCUCCAACCCAUCAGGACAACCAGGACAAUCUCCGGGAGGCUCCAAUCCAUCAGGGGAACAACCUGGCAAGACUCCCAGUGGGUCAAACCCGUCAGAACAACCAGGACAAUCUCCGGGAGGAUCAAAUCCAUCAGGAGAACAACCUAGCAAGACACCUAGUGGAUCCAACCCAUCCAGCGAACAACCUGGCAAGUCACCCAGUGGCUCAAACCCGUCAGAACAACCAGGACAAUCUCCGGGAGGAUCAAAUCCAUCAGGAGAACAACCUAGCAAGUCACCUAGUGGAUCCAACCCAUCCAGCGAACAACCUAGCAAGUCACCUAGUGGAUCCAACCCAUCCAGUGAACAACCUGGCAAGUCUCCUAGUGGAUCAAACCCAUCUGGUAAACAACAAGAACAGGCACCAAGCAGCUCGAACCCAUCUGGUCAACAACCAAGCCAGAUUCCAGGUGACUCAAACCCAUCUAGUGGACAACCUGGAAAUUCCAGUUCGGAAUCUCCUAAAACAAGAAAUGACGAAAAUAAUUCAAACAAUUCGAAUCCCAAAGAAUGUAAGCCGGUUAUUAUUUAUAGACUUCCUCAUUCAAGAAAAGGAAGAAAGGAUCGAUAUGUUUAUAUUCCCGAAAUUAAAGUUAGAGAAAUUGAUGAAAAUGGUUUUGAUAUCCCUGAUGGCGUUGAUGAUUUCAUCUCGGGAUUGGACUCGUCUAUCGUUGAGCCAUUUUUUCCAGCUUUCGGUUAUAACCCAUACGAUGAUGACUAUUUAUAUGGAGGAAGCAGAGGACUAGGACGGUUGAGGUCCAGCGGUGGUCCCUCUAUUAAUGAUCUGAAUAGUUUUAAUCCAUUCGACAUUGCAAACUUCGUUUUGGGACAGAACGGCCGCGGGUAUAGAGGACCUGACAGAUAUCCAUCCAGACAAGGCUCUAUUAAUGAUCCCAGAGAGUACAAUGGUCUCAUGGGAAGAGCUGGUCAAGGUACCCGUGGUGAGAUACAGUCUGAUGGUGGGCCAUCCAUAAAUGAUCCACCCGGGCGCAAUCCUUACAAUGGAUUAUCAGGAAGAGCUGGUCAAGGAGCACGUGGCGACAUAAGGUCUGAGGGCGGACCUUCUAUCAAUGCUACGAUAGCCUGCCCCUACUAUGCCAUAGAUCCCAUGUGUAUGAUACAAACAUUACUAGCACAAAUUUUUGGUAGUCCACAAAUGGAACAAAGGCCGGUCAUAGAAAUUGAAGACAAUGGAUACGUGCCACCGAUUUAUGUCAAUACUGCUAAUGGAGCAAAUUCAAGAAGUUUAGCAAAGCCAACGUCACAACAAGCAACAAGAAUUUCUGCAUAA